AUGAAGGAAGUAUUAAUCACAAAAUGCGAGAAAAAAUUUAUAAAUACUGCCUUAGACGAAAAUAUCAGACUUGAUGGCAGAAAAUUAAACGAAGCAAGAAAAUUAAAAUUACACUUUGGAUCUAGCUGGGGAUCGUGUUUAGCUUCGUUGGGACAAACAAGAGUUAUAGCAAAUGUAUCCUGUGAUAUUCAGCAGCCAAAGUUAUCUCGUCCAAAUGAAGGAUUGUUGUACAUAAAUGUUGAGUUAAAUCCGCUGGCAGCAGCACACUUUGAAGCUGGAAGACAAUCUGAAGUCGGUGUAGCUUUAACGAGGCAAUUAGAAAGAUGUUUCAAGGACUCUAGGUGCCUUGACAUGGAAUCUUUGUGCAUUGUCGCAGAUAAAAAAGUAUGGAAUAUCAGAGUCGACAUAAAUGUAAUCAAUCACGAUGGUAACUUGGUUGAUUGCGCUAGUAUAGCAACCUUGGCUGCUUUAUCACAUUUUCAUCGUCCUGAUGUAACUUCAACUGGAGAUGAUGUUAUUAUACACUCAUUUGCUGAAAAGGAUCCAUUACCUUUAACAUUAUUUCAUCAACCUGUUUGUGUUUCAUUUUCAACGUUUGAAAAUGGAAAAACAAUAAUGGACCCGACAUACAUUGAAGAAAGACUGGGCGUUACGCAACUAACGAUGGGUUUAAAUGCGUAUCAUGAAUUUGUAAAUUUGUCAUUCGCUGAUAAAUCAUCAUUGUCUAAAAUCUCAACAGACGUUUCAGCUUCUGUAAAAUCUAUAGCAGCUAACCACGCUAUAAAUGUUAUAAAACAGAUUCGUGAUGCUGUUACUCUUGACGUACAAACGAGGUACAAAAAGGAACCUUGCAAAAUUAAUAGAUUUAAGGAUGCGAUAUCUAGUGAUAAAAUAAGUAUGUUCAGAGAGAAGAUGCCUAUAAAAUUGUCCCAAUGGAACACUAGGAUCAAAGAGGAAGAGGCCCAGAAAAAAUAUCCAAAAAUGGAUUGCAAUGAUGAAAAUGAUCAUAAUGAUGAUAAUGAUGAUGAUGAAGAUAAUGAUGUGGAGAUGGACGAGUCUGGUGAUGAAGUGCGAAAAGUCGGCUUGAGAUCCGCGGAAUUGAUAACCAAAAUGAGUACAAGUGUUGGUGAAGGUCUCAAAAAUUCGUGGGUUAGUUCUUCUGACGAUGAAGAUGAUGAUGGUACUAGUGCCAAUGAUAUUGAAACUUUAAAAGUUACAAAGGUUAAUAAAGUUCUUGGUGAAAUAGUACUAACUGACAGCGAACAAGAAGACAUUCUAUAA